GGGGCGACAGACCUGGAGAAGCAGCUGGAGCUGCUGGUGGUGGAGAACCAGCGUCUGAAACAGGAGCUGAAGUCAUGCAGGAGCUCGGACGCCGCUGCAGAGAGCUGCAGCUGCAGCCACUGCCCUCACAGCCAGGACGCCGAGUCCCUGCGGAGGGAGGUGUCUCGCUGGGAGAGCCAGGCCCGGCAGAGGGAGCGGCGGCUGGCUGAGCUGGAGCGGGAGCUGCUGGAGAAGACGUCCCGGGUGGACAGUCUCCGUCUGCAGCUGGACGAGUCCACGAGACAGCUGGAGGACGGCCGCAGGCAGCUGGAGGAGUCGAAGCGGCGGCAGGGCGAUGCCGAGCACAAGCUCAGCCUCCGACUGCAGGAGUGCGAGGAGGAGCUCGCCAGGCAGGCCGCCACGCCCCCCAGAGUUAAGUACGUGACGCAGACGGUGGAGGUGGAGUCGGCGGACUCUCAGCGAGCGCUGGCCGAGCUGCAGACGAAGAAUGCCGGCCUGCAGGAGCAGCUGUCUGCGCAGAGGCAGCUGCUGCGGGAGCUGGAGACGCAGCUGCACGAGUCCCAGAGGACAUGCGCCCAGCUGAGGACACAGCUGCUCGCCGAUCGCAGCCGUCUGUGCGCCCUCCUGUCCAAGGCCGUCGGCAGGGGCAACAGCGAGGUGGUCCGCAGGUUGUCCAAG